AUUGUAGCAGUAGUUGAGUUUAAGAAAUGCAGACAGCGAAGAAGGUAAUGGUAUCACCAUUCAGACUUUCCUCUCUCCUCCGCCGCGAAAAAGACCCAAAGCUAGCUCUUCAUCUCUUCCUCAACCCUAACCGCCAUCACCCUAAUGCCAAACCAUUUCGUCACUCUCUUCUCUCCUACGAUCUCAUCAUCUCCAAACUCGGCCGAGCCAAAAUGUUCUCUGAGAUGGAAAAUAUUAUGGAGAAAUUGAAACACGACACCCGCAUUAACCCACAAGAAAUAAUUUUCUGCAACAUUAUGACGUUCUACUCCCGAGCGCGCUUGCCCAAUAAGGCCCUCCAGUUGUUCGAUGAGAUUCCCUCUUAUCGAUGCCCAAGGACUGUGAAAGCAGUGAACACUUUGUUGAACAGCCUCCUUAUCUGUUCGGAAUUCGAUAAGAUGGUGGAGGUUUUUGCCGGGAUUGAGAAUUACGCGAACCCUGAUGCUUGUACGUACAACAUACUGAUAAAUGCGUGUUGUGUGAGGUUGUCUACAGAGAGCGCAUGGAACGUGUUCGAUGAAAUGCUGAGUAGAGGGAUUGCGCCUAAUGUGGUGACAUUCGGGACUCUGAUUAACGGGCUUUGCGCGAAUUGGGAAUUGGAUGCGGCUUUCAGUUUGAAGACAAGGAUGGAGAGAGAUUUUAAGAUCAGGCCUGAUGCACAUAUCUAUAUAGCAUUGAUUAAGGGGCUUUGUUGCGUAUUUCGAUUGGAUGAGGCUAUAAAGUUGAAGGGUGAGAUGUUGACAAAGAAAGUGAGAUUGGUUCCUGCGGUGUAUACUACAUUGAUCAGUGCUUCUUUCAAGGCUAAUCGAAAGGGGGAGGUUUCUGGACUGUUGGAGGAGAUGAGGAGAAAUGGGUGUAAGCCAGAUACAGUAACUUACAACGCGAUGAUACAUGGAUAUUGUAAGGAGAAGGAAUUUGUCUUGGCUUUUGGGGCUUUGAGUGAGAUGGAGAAAAACGGCUGCAAGCCGGAUGUCAUUAGUUUUAAUGUGAUUAUUGGUGGGCUGUGUAGGGAGAGGAAAGUGAGUGAAGCCUAUGAUUUAUUGGAAGAUAUGCCACGACGAGGAUGUGCCCCGGAUGUGGUAACUUACAGGACACUUUUUGAUGGUUUUUGUGAUGUAAAGAAGUUCAAGGAAGCAGCAAGCAUUUUGGAUGAGAUGAAUUUUGUGGGAUAUGCUCAUCAUACAUGUAGUGCUAGCAAAUAUGUCGAUGCGUUGUUGCUAGCAAAGAACAAAGAGUUGUUAGCAUAUAUGUUUAUGUUGGUGAAGAGAAACUCACUUGAUAGAUAUAUGUGGAGACUUGUAAUUUGUUUGCUCUGUAAAGACGGCAGUUUAGAUGCUCACGAACUGUUUGAUGGGCUAAUAAAUAGUCAUUCUCUUCCGGUGGGCUAGAGAUGGUUCAUUGCUAGUAUUUUCUUGUGCACUUGAGAAAUGGCCUGGAGUUCCAUAAGAAUUGUCUUGGUUACUGUGGCUUGAACGAAUCCAAGGCCUGGCUUACAAGUGGAUGGUUUGUGCCUUUAUCUAAAGCUGAGAAGCAACACGAAGACACAGGUUCAGUUUAUUAUCGCUUGUCGGAUUUUACUUGAACUACUAGCCCUAUUUAUUUACUGUCCUGCCCAUACAUUCAAAGCUGUGCCAUCUUGUUUGCCUUCUUUGAUGAAGUGAGAUUUGAUUGAGCUCUUUGUUUAAUGAUUAUGUUCAUAUUUUUUAUUGA